UAUAACAAUUCCAGAAGUGGCUAAAUACAUACCGGUAUAAGAUUUUAUAGACUGCAUUGAGUUUGUUGUUUUUGCAAUUGAACUGAUAGGAAGCACUGAAAGAAGCAAAAUCAAUCAGAAGCAUGGACCAUUCGAAAUACUACAAACACAGUGGACAGCGAAGACCUGAAGAUAGAAAGAAGGACAAGAUUAAAAGAAGAUCACUUGCACAACGAGAGAACAGACAGAAAAUUUUACAACGAACUGAUUUGUCUCCUCUUAAAGAGAAAAAUAACAUCGAUGAACAACCAAAAAACCGUAAACAAAUGCUAGAAGACUGGAAAAAAGAAAGAAAAAGGAAAAAAUUUGACUUGAAGAAAAAAGAAAAACAAACUAUAUUUAAAGUAUCUUCGACAAUAAAAUACGAGGAUAAUUGGUACGCAAGAACCUCUAACGCUGCAACAUCCAGCUCUAAAUCCAGCUCUACAGAAAUAAAGCCAUCAAAAGCACCAGAAAAAAAAACAAAACAGUAUUCAACUACCGGUACACAUACGAACUACAAGAUCACAAACUCGCAAGGCUGCAAUCACAAAGAAGAAAACAAUGAACGACAAAAAGUUGUAAAACCUGAAAAAAGUACAAAAGCUGAAUCAGCGGAAGAAAUUGAUGCUGAUGAUGCAAAGCUUGCUUCAAAUGUGAAUGGGGCAGAUGAAGUCCAACCUGAUACUGGUGGAAAUUUGAAGGAAACGAAUUUUCAACUUUCCCAUGAAGAGACGCACAAUGAAAAGCCAUCGGAAAAUAAUCAAAUUGUUCGGAACAGACCCCAGUCAGGAAGCGACGAUAAAUUUUCAGAAUCUUUUGCUCCAGUGAACCAUGUUUUUAAAGCACCAGCUGGAUUGAAAAAUAUGACUUUCUCUGCUGUGCUGCCUAAUUCCAACGAAUCCUUUGUAUUUUCUGCAAAUGGAGGAUCGAUGAAUUUUUCCAGUUCUACACCUUUUGCCUCAAACCAAGUAAAAAGAAGAAAACCUGGAAAAGCUCCUAUGAUCAUAUCAUCGGCGAGUGAGUCAUCUUCUGAUGAAAACACUGAUCAAACAACAAUUAAAGUUGCUAAAAAAGAAGAGAAAACUAGCGAAGAGAGAGAAAAAGGUGGUAAGAAUGUAUCUUUUGCUUCACCAAGAAAUAAAAAACGAAAAGCAAGAUUUAAUAUUGAAGAUUCAGAUGAUGAAAAGGAUGUAAAGCAAGCAACACCAAUUGGGAGUCAACCUAGAAAGAGAGUGAUGAGGAAAACUCCAUUACCAGGUGCUCGACCAGACUCGGAUGAAUUGAAUACAAGUUGCAAUGAAGAUAUGCAGGCUUCACCGACAUUGAAGUUGAAUAAUACAAGUAAAGAAAUUUCAGAUGAAGACAAAAAUAAAGAUGAAAUUAAAGGUUUGAAACUCAACUUUGAUGAUGUGCAAAGUGAAGAAGAAGACAGUUGUGGGCUGGAAAUGAAAUAUUUACUUCCUUCUGAACCUGGUAUGUAUGAGACAAACUAAAACCGAGGUAUUUGU